AUGACGCCACUUGCCACACCACCAGUUGCACCUCCCCAAGAAAACCUAAGAAACAAUGCUACCUUGGUAGAGCAGUUUUGGAAGCUUCAACCUCCAACUUUCGAUGGUGGGUUAGACCCUCUAGUAGCUGAAGAUUGGAUAGCAACAAUUGAACGGAUCUUUAAUCUCAUAGAUUGUCCAGACCCUAGGAAGGUAACUUGCGCUACAUAUAUGUUACAACAUGGAGCAAGGCAUUGGUGGGAUUCUACUGCCAGAUCCCGACCCCAGGGACAUGUAUGGACCUGGGAUCAGUUCAAGGAACUUUUUCUUAAGAAGUAUUACCCCGCUAACAUCCGUAACCAGAAGGAAGCAGAGUUCCUCAUGUUAAAACAAGGUAGCUUGACCUUGAUUGAAUACGAAAGGAAGUUUGAUGAGCUAUCACGUUUUGCCCCAGCCUUAGUGGAUACAGAACAAAAGCGGGCAAGGCGCUUUGAACAAGGGUUGAGAGAUGAUUUACGGCAGGCAGUCGUAACUUUUGAGUUAGGCACGUAUCAUGAGGUGCUAGCUAAGGCCCAAUUAGCGAACUUUAGAGAAAGCUCCAACAGCAAUAGCAAGCUAUCACAGUCUGGACCACUAGAAAAACGUAAGUGGGAGGAUAAAGGUAAAGGAAAGCAGGAUUAUUUGAAGAAGAAUAAAGGAGGCGGUCCAACAUCAGGGUAUUAUCAACUGAACCCAGUGUGUGACAAAUGUCAGAAGCGUCAUACUGGACUAUGUCUCAUGGGAACCGGCGCCUGUUACAGUUGUGGUGAAAUGGGUCAUAUUGCCAAAUUCUGUCCCAAGGGUCAAGUAAAGAAACAACAGCAACAACCAUAUCAACAGAAGCCAGGAAAUCCCCCUAAGGGGCAAGCUAGGGUGUAUGCACUCACAGGACAGGAGGAGGAUCAGGACCGCAACGUGUUGGCAGGUAACAUCCUCAUCUCUAGAAUACCUGCUUAUACUUUGUUUGAUUCUGGUUCCACCCAUUCUUUUAUAUCCCCUAAGUUUGCAAGUAAAUGCAAUGCACAUGUGGAACAUGCACGAAUCAUGUAG